CAAAAAUGGCUGCUAAGAUGUCAAAUCAGGGCCAGGCUGACCUCACCCGGGUGGCCAUUGUUAGUAAAGACAAGUGCAAACCUAAAAAAUGUCGGCAAGAAUGCAGAAAAUCGUGCCCAGUGAAUAAAGUCGGGAAGUUGUGCAUUGAGGUUUUGCCGACAUCCAAAAUUGCGUCCAUAUCUGAGGAACUCUGCAUAGGAUGUGGAAUUUGUCCGAAGAAAUGUCCUUUCGAGGCCAUUCAAAUCAUUAAUCUUCCCACAAAUCUGGAGAAGGAAACAACUCACAGAUACGGUGCAAACUCAUUCAAAUUACACAGACUGCCUGUGCCUCGUGCAGGGGAAGUGCUGGGACUGGUCGGCACUAAUGGAAUCGGAAAAUCCACGGCCCUCAAGAUUCUCGCGGGAAAACAGAAACCCAAUUUGGGAAAGUUUGAAGCGCCCCCAGACUGGGCUGGAAUUCUGCACCAUUUCAGAGGGAGUGAGUUGCAGAACUACUUCACUCGCAUUCUGGAGGACGACAUGAAGGCGAUUAUUAAGCCACAAUAUGUGGACCAGAUACCCAAGGCGGCCAAGGGAACAGUGCGCACACUGCUCGACAGAAAGAAUGAAACCAACAGGCUGGAGGAGUUUGCGAAACAACUGGAGUUGAACCAUGUGAUGGACCACAACAUCAUGGACUUGUCCGGAGGGGAGCUGCAGAGGUUCGCCAUCGCAGUCGUCUGCAUCCAGAAGGCAGACAUCUUCAUGUUCGACGAGCCCUCCAGCUACUUGGAUGUCAAACAGAGACUCAAGGCCGCCUCCGCAAUCAGAGCAGUACUCGAGACGCACAAGUAUGUGAUAGUAGUGGAGCAUGAUUUGAGUGUGUUGGACUAUCUGUCAGACUUCAUCUGUGUGCUCUAUGGCCACCCGGGUGCCUACGGGGUUGUCACUCUGCCCUUCUCAGUCCGCGAGGGCAUCAAUGUGUUCCUGGAUGGAUUCGUGCCCACGGAGAACCUGCGCUUCCGCGAGACUUCUCUCCAGUUCCGCAUCAGUGAGACGGCGGAGCGGGAGGGCGGAGACUUGAAGCAGAUGAGGAGGUACCACUACGGCACCAUGAUGAAGAAACUCAAGGGCUUUCAACUGGACAUAGACUCUGGCAAGUUCACAGACAGUGAGAUAGUGGUGAUGAUGGGGGAGAACGGGACUGGGAAGACGACGUUCAUCCGCAUGUUAGCGGGAAGACUGGAGCCGGAUGAAGGAGAUCCUGUGCCGGAGUUAAAUGUGAGCUACAAGCCACAGAAGAUCAGUCCUAAAUCAGAGGGAACUGUGCGACUGUUGCUGCAUGAUCGGAUCAGAGACGCCUACAUACACCCCCAGUUCAUAGCAGAUGUGAUGAAGCCCAUGGACAUCGACAACAUCAUCGACCAGGAGCUGCAGAACCUGUCUGGGGGAGAACUGCAGAGGGUGGCCCUCACUCUCUGUCUGGGCAAACCAGCCGACGUCUACCUCAUCGACGAGCCCAGUGCCUAUCUCGACUCGGAGCAGCGUAUCAUGGCGGCCAAGGUGAUUAAAAGGUACAUUCUGCACGCGAAGAAGACGGCCUUCGUGGUGGAGCAUGACUUCAUCAUGGCCACCUACUUGGCAGACAGAGUCAUCGUGUUCGAGGGACAGCCAGGCAUCAAGACCAAAGCACUCUCUCCUCAGACGUUGUUGGCGGGAAUGAACCAGUUCCUCAAGAGUCUCAACAUCACUUUCAGAAGGGAUCCGAACAACUUCAGGCCCAGAAUCAACAAGCUCAACUCUGUCAAGGACUCUGACCAGAAAGCGAAGGGCCAGUACUUCUUCAUAGAAAACAUGUGAGACGCCGAGAGAGGGAGGAGAGAAAGAGCGCGGGGGUUUGAGAGGGCUGGCCAAGACCAAAGGGGAGACGAUAUAACAGAACGCAAACAGUUAUUCAAAGUAAUUCAACCUUCAGUAAAGCUCUCGUAAUUGUCAUCUUCAAAAAGCUACAAGUGAAAUGAACCGAAAUGACUGAUAAACCUUGAAACGUAACAAUAACUAGUAUGUGUUAUGAAAAGUUACAAAAAGCUCGUAUAUAUUUUUUAAUGAACCGUCGAUUCACUUCAACCAAACGUAAAUGAUUUUCUAAAUAUAGGUAGUCGGAAAUGGUGAAGAAUAAAUUGCACGUUUUUUUUUUGCUUGAAAAGGUUGAAUUCAGUCUAAUUGUUUUUUGAAAAUGAGGUUAUUUGAUUUUUCUGAAAUAUCUGUAAUUUUUACCAAAUUGCUAUUACCUGAUGGAGUGCUUUGAAUGUAGUUUGACUUAUUUGUUUAUCGGUGUAUACUUAUUCAUUCCUCGUGUUCAAAUGAAACUGGCCAGGCUGUUCCUAAUUGCUCAAGGAUACCAAAUAAAUAAUUUAUUAUUCAGUGCUUUGAAAUUCAAUUUUCCUUGCUUUUC